UGGAGCAGUUUAUUCACACUUACUGCAGAGCUUCACAAAACCACUUCACUACAGACCAACAGCUCACUGCUCUCCAGCUCUUCUGUGGCUACAGCUUUCAAAAACUUGUUACAACAUUUCUGUUGGGCUUUGUUUUAAAUGUCGCCUUUUCAGAAUUCAGGUCUGUUGUUUUUUGAAGAAAAUGUCUGAGACAUUUAUUUUCAUCUGUUUGUGCUCAUGGAGUCUGGCUGGUGUGUUUGGUGAUGAAGUAAAGUCAGUGUCGGUGAUGGAGGGAGAUUCUGUCACUCUGAACACUAAUGAUACUGAUAUACAGAAGAACGAUCGGAUACUGUGGAAAUUUGGACACAACAACUUUCUCAUUACUCAAAUCAACAGAAAGAACAAUAAGAGCACGUUUUAUGAUGAUAUUGCUGAUGGGAGAUUCAGAGACAGACUGCAGCUGGAUCAUCAGACUGGAUCUCUGACCAUCACAAACACCACAAUCACAGACUCUGGACUUUAUAAAGUAACCAGCACCAGCACACAGAAGCUGUUCAACACAUUCAGUCUUACUGUCUAUGCUCACUUGCCUGUUCCUGUCAUCAGCAGUAACGCUUCACAAUGCUCUUCAUCAUCAUCAUCAUCAUCACAGCAGAAUUGUUCAUUGGUGUGUUCAGUGGUGAAUGUGGGUCAUGUGACUCUCUCCUGGUACAAAGGACACAGUUUAUUGUCCAGCAUCAGUGUGUCUGAUCUCAGCAUCAGUCUCUCUCUACCUCUGGAGGUGGAAUAUCAGGAUAAAAACACCUACAGCUGUGUGCUCAACAAUCCCAUCAGCAACCAGACUCAACAUCUGGACAUCACUCAACUCUGUCACACAUGUGCAGAACACGGCCUAAUUAUAUCGUACACAGUGCUGAUCUCUGCUGCUGCUGCUGCUGGGUCUCUGUUGAUUGUUGCUGCACUCAUGAUCUUCUGCAUCUUCAGGAAACAUAAAAAAGUAAACCAAGAAGAUACAACACGUGUAGAAGAGAUCACUUACUCUGAAAUAACAUUCAACAAAAGAAAAGCACAGAAAUCGAGAGAUAAAGAGGAGACUGAGGUGGUGUAUGCAGGAAUCGCUGGGAGAUGCUGAUCAGACUAUGAUUCUGGAGGUGGAAUACUGUGUUAGUGUGAAAAUGUUUUUAUUUAAAACAUAAAUGUAUGCAUAUUUUACAUGUCAAAGGAAUCACACACAGAUCUUUGAAUAUCAUUGAGUUUCUGGAAAUGUACUGAAAUAUUGCUAUUAACUACCAACAGAAUGCAUCUUUGACUGACAGCUAAAACCUUGCCAUAAAAUCAUCCGAUUUUAAGCGCAUCAGUCACACAGGAUUAGUUCUUAGGAUAUGUGUAUGUACAUAAAUUUUUACUAUAGCCACUACUGGUAACAUUUAUGGUCUUCUGCACACUGCUGACACAGGUAACUAAUCCAACACAAAAAAUAUUUCUUUAUGUGCAUAAUUAUUAAGAAAAUAUUAAACAUGAACAUCCUUGUUCCAAAGAAAGAUGGUGGGUUCUGGCACAUCCUUGAUCCCUGGCUCCAUGCACUUUUACCAAGUGUCCUAUCAAAAUCAGGUGGAACUUUUUAUAUGUCAUUGUUGUCACAUUCAUUUGUAUAUUUUUACUGCUGAAUAUGCAUUUGUAUUUGUUAUCAUUUUAUAUGCCUCCCCCCAAAAAUAUCGGGAUGGCCCCACUCCCCCUUGGCCUACCUCAGCACUACUGCACUAACCCAGCAGCUGGGUAACACAAAAACUUAAAGGGGUCAUCAGAUGGUACAUGUACUUUUACAAGUUGUUUGAACUGAAAUGUGUGUUGGCAGUGUGUGUACACAACCACCCUAGAAUGAUAAAA